AGAACCCCACAUUCCUCUGUAAACCAUCAUUUUCCCUCCAUCUUGUACCCUACUCUAUUCUCGUCUCCCCAAAACACCCGCCUUUUUCUACUCUUUCAGUUCAGGUUGGGGCUUCGACGAAGCUCUCGCUUUGCUGCUUAGGGCUUCGUCGGGUGUUGCUUUUUUUUUCUUUUUUCCGGAUGAUUAUGGACGAGAAACUAGGUGCUUAACUUAACCCUAUAACAACUAGGUGUUCUUGCAUCGACGGUCGAUGGGGAAGAGGAAGACGAAGGUUGUCGUAUCGUCAUCAGACGACGACGACGAUAAAACCUUCUCGUUGCGUUCGAAGACGACGAGCAAUCCGAAGUUGAAAUCGAGACCAUCGUCAGUUCCUCGGGCAAACAGUAGAAGAACGGCUACUAAGAAGGCACGCCUCUCGGAUUCUCGUGCUGUUUCGUGUAAAGAAUCCAGUGGCUUUGAUGAGAUCAAGCUGUUCUGUGAGGAUUUCGAUGAAGGCUUCAAUGGUUUUAGGAUGUCUACUGGUUCUGGAAGGAGCAACGGGAAGGACCUAUGGGUUGAUAAAUACAAGCCUGGUUCCUUGGAGGAGCUUGCUGUUCACAAAAAGAAGGUUGAAGAAGUUAAAAUGUGGUUUGAGAAAAGAUUGAAAAGGCAAAAGGAGGAAUUAUUUAAUAAUGUCCUUGUCAUCACUGGACAAGCUGGAGUUGGAAAAUCUGCGACUGUACAUGUGAUUGCAUCUCAUCUCAGAGCCACAGUAUGUGAGUGGAACACACCUACUCCAACAAUUUGGCAGGAACAUUUGCAUAACUCCAAUUUAGGAGUACGAUACAUGUCAAAGUUGGAUGAGUUUGAAAAUUUUGUUGAGAGGACAAGGAAGUAUGGAUUAAUUCCCUCAUCAUUUAGCGGACAAUCACAAGCUUCAGUGAUACUCGUAAUUGAUGAUCUUCCUGUGGCAAAUGGUAGAGUCGCGUUUGAAAAACUAAACAAGUGUUUGCAUCUUCUUGUGCAAUCUGCUUUAGUUCCGACAGUCAUAUUGAUAACUGACUGUGGUGAGGCCGACUCUUCAGACAAUAACCCACAGAGCUGGGAAGAACUUCAGUCAUCUCUUCAGAGAGCUGGUGCUUGUAAGGUGGCUUUCAAUCCUAUUACAGUAAACUCCAUCAAGAAGACACUUUCUAGAAUAUGCAGAGAAGAGCACUUGAAUGUGGAUGGUGAACAAAUAGAUCUAAUAGCAAAAGCCAGUGGAGGUGAUAUUAGACAUGCAAUCACGACUUUACAGUACUUCUGUAUGAAACCACACCCAAGGCUCUCUUUAUCUUCUUCCAAUGGUACUCCCACUUAUUCAAAAGAACGAUCAGAUGAUAUGAGUUGUCUGGACGAUAGAUUUUCUUUACCAUUUGGCAGAGAUGAAACUCUCUCUCUGUUUCAUGCCCUGGGAAAAUUUCUUCACAACAAAAGAGAGACAGAAAAUUCUAUUUCAUUUGAGCAAGGUGGAUUUCUUGUGAAGGAGAGAUUUGCCAGACUUCCGGUGAAAAUGGAUGCUCCAGAAAAGGUUCUUUGCAAAGCACAUGGUCAAGCAAGGCCUGUCACUGACUUUCUGCACGAAAAUGUUUUAGAUUUCCUGAGUGAGGAAGCAAUAGAUGAUGCUUGUGUAGUGACUUCAUACCUUAGUGAUGCCGACUUCCUUCUUGCUUCACUAAGUGGAAUGAUAACCAGAAAUUACGAGGCAGAGAAUGUUAUACAAUCUGCUGCUGCUUCAGUCGCUGUCCGAGGGGUGCUAUUUGGAAAUUUUCAUCCGUUGUCUUCCAGGUACUUUUGUGGCAUACCAUUCGACGUCCAAGUCUCUGGCAGGUUGAGCAAUCAUUACGUUACAAUAAGGUCUGUUGUAAUCGAGUUGGAGACGGUAAGGCAGAGAUGCAUAGGGUAUGACGGCAUGUGCUUAUCUGACUUUUCGGUUGUGGCUACUGAGUUUAAACCUGCCCUUAAAUGGCUUGGAUUUAGAGGAUCUGAAGGUCUUGAAUCUCGAAACCUAUCCGAAAAGGAUAUCAUGUUGGAUGAUGAAAGUGUUGAUGGCACUAGUUUUGAAGACAAAGAUGAUACCAGCGACGACGAAAUAGAAGAUUGGUAAGGCAGAGGAAAUCAUAUAUGAAAAGAGGCCCGCGAUGCGGUUUUGAGUUUGUAAAUUUUGUAAAUGGGUUAAAUUUAUCGGCUUUCCAAAUUCCAUUCCACCUCUUUUCCAUUUUAGAUUGUUAGGAAUUUCCUAUUUCAAUGCAAUUAAAUUGUUGGAACAGUUGCAUAUUUGUUGGGUUUUGGGAAUGGAAAGCUUGUGAGCCAGGGCUAACCAUUGGGCCAUAUCUACCA